AGUCGCUUGGAGAUGGCCUUAUCAUCUUAUCCCGAGCAUUUCAAGCCACUCACACUGAAACUGAAAGGACCCCCCCUCUUGUCACCCUCUUCCCCCUCCAUAAUAACGUUCUACUUUUAACUCAUCUAACCGCUACCUUUCGAUUUAGUUCAACUCACAAUGUCUUCAAUCUGCCUCUGCUUCCGUCUCCAGCUCCCUCUCCGCUGGCGCCAAAGCCCAGGCCUCUUGAUUCUUGUCCAUCCAAGGAGUAGAAAGGUCAACUUCAUUCCUCUCCGGUUUUCUUCUUCCUCCAAUGAAGAUUCAGUUUCAUUGCCCAAACAAAGCCAGUUGUCAUAACCAUAUUAUACAAUUUACCAUGAGAAAGCAUUUAGAAUAAAUCUUGAUUGAUCAUUGACAUAUUUAUGUAAUAAGCAUUCUAAAACUGCUGAUUGUUUUCUGUAAUGGUGGGUUUUACAUAUACAGGUUUACAUUUUAUUUUAUUCUGUAAUCUACUUAAAUAAUGGAAAACAUUUGCAUAUACAUGGAUUUAAUCGUUUUUCUUUAGUUGGAUGACUGCAGAGUCUCAAUGCCAAAACUGGACUGUUCAGUAAACGGAUGAAGAUCAUUCAUCGCGAUCCUAAGCUUCAGGCGCAAAGAGUUGCUGCCAUUAAGAAGGCAAAAGGAACUGCUGCAGCAAGGAAACGUGCUUCUGAAGCUUUGAAAGCUUUCUUUAGUGAUCCAGAGAACCGUCGCAAGCGGAGCCUUUCUAUGAAAGGAGUUAAAUUUUUCUGCAGAAAGUGUGGCCGUGAAGGACAUAGAAGACACUACUGCCCAGAACUUAAGGAUAGUUCAAUAGAUAGGCGGUUCAAAUGUAGAUUGUGUGGGAAGAAGGGCCAUAACAGGAGGACUUGUCCCAUUUCAGGGUCAAGCAAUCACAGAAGCAUUGUCAAAAGGUGCCACAGGUGCAAGAUUUGCGGUCAAAAUGGCCAUAAUCGCAGGACAUGUCCUCAGGUGACAGGAGGGAGAAACAUUUUGACUUCCGGAAGUAGAAUAUACACCUGUCGUUUGUGCAGAGGAAAAGGGCACAACACAAGAACAUGUCCUAGAAAAGGUGUAAAGCCUUCAAAUAUUAACUCUGAAAUUGAAGAAGGAAGGCAACAACUUGAUGUGCAAUAAUAAUGCUCUGGAACUACUAUUGUCAUUUGGUCUUUCAAUGGCAGGACUUUAUAAUAGCAUUUUUUGGGGUACAUUUGAUGACUAUAUAUAAGAGGGGAUAACCUUUCCCUUUCCUUUUUCCCAAGAUCUCUAACUUAGAAUCUAAGACUUUUAACCAUUGAACCUCUCCUUUAGGCAUUAAGACUUUAUAAUAUUGUGUUAUACUUGUUUCUGUUCCUGUCUGUCUGUUUCAUUUGGCAGUGCUAAACUUUGAACUUAGAGCUCAAUUAUUCUUGAUUCCA